AUGAAACUAUUCACGAUCCUUGGAGCGCUAGCUUCGCUCGCGUUUGCUGAAGCCUUUUACCUCCCUGGUGUGGCUCCCACGUCUUAUGCCAAAGGCGCCAAUGUCACGCUCUUGGUCAACCACCUCACUCCAUCGCUCUCUGACAACAACGCCAAGACGUACGUCUACUCUUACGACUAUUACUACAAACGUUUCCACUUUUGUGAGCCUGCUGGUGGCCCAAAGAAACAAUCCGAAUCACUUGGCCUGAUCAUCUUCGGCGACCGCAUUUUCGACUCACCUUUCGAACUCUCCAUGUUAAAGAAUGAAACAUGCAAGCAGUUGUGCCUGGGGACCUAUUCCAAGACCGACGCGGUGUUUGUUAACCGUGCUAUCAAGUCUGGCUACAAGCAUAACUGGCUCAUCGAUGGCUUACCGGCGGCCAAUGUAUACCACGACAAGCGCACGGACACUCAAUUCUACGGCGUCGGCUUCGAUUUAGGCUACGUGGACGAUGACGAAGUACCGCACCUUUACAACCACUAUGAUAUUAUGGUGGAGUACCACGAACGUGGUCCGGAUGAGUUCCGUGUCGUUGGUGUCACCGUCGACGCGAAGUCGAUGAAGCGUGACGCGGGUUCCUGCCCUGCAGAUGCCGAACCCGUAAAGUUCCUCAGCUCCGGUGACACCACCGUAAACUUCUCCUACUCUGUCACUUUUGUACCAUCUUCCACCGCCUGGGCCACACGCUGGGACAAGUACUUGCACGUGUACGACCCGAAGAUCCAAUGGUUCUCGUUGAUCAAUUUCUCGCUCAUUGUACUCUGUCUUCUGAUUAUCAUCUCGCACAUCUUGGUACGCACCCUAAAGUCCGAUAUCUCCAAGUACAACGAGGUGGACAUUGACGACGAUGUUCAAGAUGAGACCGGCUGGAAGUUGGUCCACGGUGAUGUCUUCCGUCCACCACCUCAGCGCAUGGUCUUCUCCGUUCUUAUCGGAAGUGGUGUGCAAUUGUUCCUCAUGACGGUGAUUACCUUGUUCUUUGCUCUCUUUGGGUUGUUGUCGCCGUCGAAUAGAGGCUCCUUAGGUACCAUCAUGUUCCUUUUCUACGCGGUGUUCGGUGCUGUUGGUGCCUUCACUUCCGGUUACAUCUACAAAUUCUUUGGAGGUGAAAACUGGAAACUCAAUCUCAUCUUGUCUCCUGUGUUGGUUCCGGGCGUGCUUUUCGGUGCGUUUGUCUUGCUCAACUUCUUCCUUAUCAACGCGCAAUCUUCUGGUGCCGUGCCUUUCACCACGAUGCUUGUGAUUGUAGCUGUCUGGUUUGUGGUUUCCGUCCCAGCCUCCGUUGUGGGCUCCCUCUAUGCGUUAAAGAGGCCUGUUUUGGCCACUCCAGUGCGCACAAACCAGAUCCCGCGCCAGAUCCCUGUUCAGCCGUGGUACCUCCGCACGAUCCCGAUUUCGUUGAUCUCGGGUAUCUUCCCCUUCGGCUCAAUUGCUGUCGAGAUGUACUUCAUCUUCUCGUCCCUAUGGUUCAACAAGAUCUACUACAUGUUCGGCUUCCUUUUCUUCUGCUUCGUGUUGAUGGUCGUCACCUGCUCGUUGAUGGCCGUCUUGAUGAUCUACUACUCCUUAUGCUUCGAGAACUACCACUGGCAGUGGCGUGCCAUGAGCAUUGGUGGCGCCUGCGCCGUCUACAUCUUCAUCCACUCCUUAUUCCUCACCAAGUUCUCCUUGGGCGGCUUUACUUCCUUUGUCUUGUACAUCGGCUACAGUUCUAUGAUCAGCGUCCUCGUAUUCUUAGCCUGUGGCUCAGUCGGUUUCCUUGCCUCCUUGACCUUUAUCAAGUUGAUCUACGCCCAGAUCAAGAUUGACUAAAUGAAGAUAUCCUUGAUGUCUAGAUGUUUCCUUGUAACGCUGUUGGUUCUACCAGCGAGUUCCGGGUUCUAGACUCUUUCUGUUUUAGGCACAAAGAUAUUUGAAGAUAAGCUUUGCUUGUAGUGCCGGAUAUUACGGGAGAAUAAAAUAGACCAUAGGCUGUGCUUGUGGGUAAAUUAAGAAGUAAGCUGAGGCCCAAAGAAUUUAAGUGAAGUUGUCUUUGUCGUUCACAGUAUGUUAUUCGUAUAACCCACGCCUAUGGCAUGCCCUUCAUACUAUGUUGACUUCCCGGCAUCGUAUAAAAGCAGUAUUUAAUAUGAGAUCUUCUAUUGAAAUUUCCAGAUCAUCAACAGGAGAGGGGGCACCGUACGGUAAAAUCUUCAAACAGUCG